AUGACUUUGGACGGUGGCGUCAUCCCCCACAUCCUGUGCCAUCGUUGUUCUCGCAUCAUCCACUCCGACUGGGUUCAAGAACGACUCGCACGGCUAGAGCCAUGGACGGGCACCAGCACUUGGGCAUUGGACGGGGAUGCCGGCCAGGAAGAGAAACUUCGCUUCUUCCACUCUGAAAGCUUGGAGAAGCUGGAGGCAUCCGCCGCUGCCGGCUGCCACCUCUGUACUCUGAUCAGCAAGAAGGACCAAUACUUCGAAUGGUUCAAGGACGAGGAGCAUACGGGUGUCGUCCAGGUCGUCGCCUGUGCUGGGCAUUCCUCGGUCUGGCUGGAAACGAGCCGGAUACAAGAGCUGGAGAUCGACGAGGAUAUGCCGCAUGACUUGCCCGGACUGGACGACUGGCUGGAGGAACGGUACAGCCAGAGUUUGGACUUUUCUGGCGCAUGGAUCAUGGAUGACUUUGUCACUGUCCAGCUGCGCAAGGUUCAGAGUGAUACAUACUCCCCAGCAGCAGGCCCUGAUUCCAACCUCCCUCUGUCUGCCUCCUCGGAUGCUCCCCAAGUGCUUGAAUCCAUACAGUACUGGUUGAAAGACUGCGUCGACAACCACCCCGAGUGCAACCGCUAUUCCUCCACGCAAAAGGACCCUACUGCCAUCUGGCUGCCUACGCGGCUCAUCGACGUGGGAGAAGUCCCCGGCAAACUAGCCCCCCGGCUGGUAAUAUCGGCUGCCGAAGGCCUUGCCAAAAAGAAGGCACACUACCUCACCCUCAGUCAUUCCUGGUCCAUCUCCACGAAACCGCACAACUUGAAGCUGGAGACAGAAAACAUGACCCAGUUGCAAGACAGAAUACCCUUUGAUGACAGGCUGUCCAAGACGUUUCGAGAUGCCAUGAAGAUCACACAGCAACUCGGGUGCCGAUACAUCUGGAUCGAUUCACUGUGCAUCAUCCAAAGUGGGACAGAAGCCAAGAAGGACUGGCAAAGAGAAGGACUUACCAUGAGUGACGUCUACGGCCACUCUCGCUGUAACAUCACUGCACUCGGGACCGGUGGCAACGACGGAUGCUAUACCCCAAGGAACCCGUUGCAGACCAGCCCAUGUCGGAUCAAAGUGUGUGACGAAAAGUCCGCCAUAUACGCCGUCAACUCGCUCCUUGAAAACACUUUCACGGAGAAUGUUGAACAGUCUCCUCUUUUCAAGCGAGGCUGGGUCUUCCAGGAAAGCGUCCUGUCGUCGCGAGCCGUCUACUUUGGUGCUCCCCAGCUCUUCUGGGAAUGUCGGCGUCAAGCUUUUGCCGAGUCUUGGCCCUUCAAGACUGGCACCCCCCGAGUUCAAGAGCGUCUCACCGAGCCUACUUUGCGAGCCACCGGGGACACCCCUUUUUCCUCCAAGACGGUCUUUGAAGCACUUUGCAACACUGAAGAACAGCAGACAGACGGGUCCCACGAACAGAAAAACAGGGAAAAACACCUAAUCGAGCACACAUUUCCCUCCUUCCUCUGCUGGGAAAAGAUCGUCAAGACCUUCAUCGGCACCUCUUUGACCUUUACCUCCGACCGUCUCUUCGCCGUGGCCGGCAUUGCCCGCGCCAUUGAGCACUUCCGCUCCUUCACCUACGUCACCGGAACCUGGCGUGAGCUCUACCCGCUCGACCUCCUCUGGCGCUUCACCCGCGAGCUGGGCGAGAGAAAGAACGUGGUUUCCGGCUCCAACGCUCCUUCGUGGUCUUGGGCCGCCAAGGAACUUGAUGUGCAGGCGUCGCUGAAAAACAUUGCGAGAAGCGGAAAGAACACACAACGGCCCGCCCAUUGGGAUGGGAACAAGCGAUUCUUGGUCGAGUCGGUUACUAGCGUCGCUUACCUCUCCCAGCUCGUUAAAUACCCUAACCCCCCGUUUGAGUCCAAGUACAGGCCUGAUAAAGAGGGGGAGAUCACAAUUGAUUUGAAGGGCCGCGUGUGCAUGGGCUUGGUGAAGACGGAGCUGGAUAUCCAGGGCUUUCCGCAGGAUCGAUUGUACGUCGCAGGGAAGGAUAAGACGCCCGUUAUUGUGCACAUGGACGAUGACACACCGGCAGAUGGGCUCGAAGUGGUCCUCGUCAUGUUGAUGGAGUGGGAAGGGCUGGUCGGCAAUUAUUGGAAACGACAAUUCCAGGCUGGUUUGGUCUUGGUGGCCAAAGACGAGGGUGAUAAAGGAGGAUCGACCAUUUACCGGCGUGUCGGGGCCUUCAGGACGGGCGAAUUGUCAGAGUGUCCUGUCAAUGCAUUCGACGGAAGUGAAAUGGAGGAGGUGCUGGGUAUUUGCUGA